AUGCCACUGUUCAGCUGGAUGAAAUGGUUGCGUGCUGAAGGAGAACAGGCUCAAGAUGAGGGGACGUCUGCUAAGUCCACAGGGGUAUUACCCAGCAGCACACUGAUCAGGGAGCUGCUGUGGCACGUGGAGGAGAGGGAGCGCCUGGCACGGGAGAUGGAGCGGGAACACAGGCUGGCCCACAACACCGUGGGAUACCCCCACUGGCUCCAGAGCUAUCCCAGGUUACGCACGCUGAUCCCCGCAUCAGAGCGUCACCAGUUGGAGCAUUUGUGUGCCCAGAUCCAGCCCAUGCACACAGCCACGGUGCUCUCCAGGUACAUUGUACACCACUGUCUUCAUACAGUAGUACCCUUUUCAUAUUAGCACGCUGUGUCCAAAAUAGCCAAUGUCACCACACCAGGGUGACAAUAGGCGAAGGAGACGAGUCUCAAGGAGAGCGAGGCAGAGCAAUCUGCCAGGGAAGCCACUUUGUUUUAUUGUCACAGAAGUAGGUUACAUGGGGUGGAAACAUGCAAAGGUGAAGUGGACCCUAUGGGGCUAAGCACAGCAAAAACAACCCCCAGGGAAAGAGCUUUGCAUCAGCAAUAUCGUAUCCCUAUUAAAAUAAAAACACAUCCCACAACAAUGUUUUACAGUGAUGGUGACAUUUGUAUGAACAUAGAUUUGGUCUUUUGGAGGGCUAAAUGAGGAAUCAUGACCUUUGUAAAAAUACUUGAAAUAACCUUUAAAUCCACCAAGGGUCUAGCAAAAAUGUAUGUAAAUUAACUAGAUGUGCGUAACCACUUCCACAUGAUUGAUCUUCACGACUGUCAAAUAAAUUGUUCACGCCCAGUUAUACCACUGACAGAAGUGACACGAACACUCGAGUCCCCUGAAGAACUCGCCAUACAAUCCUGGUGUGACUGUUUGCAUAAUCACAUUACAACAGUAACAAGAUCGCCCGAUUAUUCCAGGGAUAUUAUUCGGUGUGGACUUUCUCACUGCAUGGAUUUUUCUUCUUUGCAAAAUGUCCUCCUGACAACUAGAUUGGAGUGAGCUCAUAAAUAUGCCCUCUGCCUUGUCACCUCACACAAUGCAUGAUACUUUGAUGAAAUAACCUACAUCAUUUUAAGCAUAAUUUUGUCAACUAGGUCUAAUGGGUAAAUGAAAGCCAAAACAGCUUCUCUAAAAUUGCCUCAUAAUUGUGGAUAAUGCAGUUUGGGUUAAAGAGUUUAUUAACCCACUAUAUCCCUCUAUCUAUCCCAUUCUCAGGUUCCGUGAAGUGCUGGCCAGCAACAACAUCCUGCCCUGGGAGCUGGUGUACGUCUUCAAGCAGGUGCUGAGAGACUUCCUCAACAAAGAGGAAGGGGAAGAAGAGGAGGAGCACCUGCCGCAGCCAACACUGCUUGGGCCAAUGGAGGCCUGCACCAACCGAUUCCAAAUGAAGCAGGGCUUUGUCACACCCACUGUGCCCGACUGUGGUGUGUCCCCGAGAGAGGAGAUCCCAACCAUCUCUGGCUAUGUGGACCGUACAAUGAGAGGCUCUAGUCCUUUCACUCCCCAUAGGGACUGGGACCUUCCCUACUACUACCACCACCCAGUGCCACACAACUCCACAGAGGCCUACAGCACCAUGCUGUGA